GACCAGGUGCAGCCCUAUAUACCGCAGUUGCCUAACCUGCAUCAGCAGAGCCUUUCUUGGGAACGAGGAACAGCAUAGCAGGAUCCGUGCUACCCUGUCACGUAUUACCCCAUCUUGUUUUACCUAUUCUUGUGUAGCAUCAAUCUUUGAGGCCGACACGCCGAGGAUGGAUCCGCUUCGCUAUCGUAAAGCGUACGAGGCGAUGAUUCAUGUCAGCCAGCUUUUGGAGCACCGUUUGAACAAUGAUCCGACAUCCGAAGAGAAGAGCGAACCAGAUGCGGCAGGCAACGGAGUAGCGUUCGAGAUUGAGGAUCCGGAUAGUAUGGAAUGGACACCUACCGCCACUGGGACGUCGACUCCGCCCGCUGGAUGCGGACCACCGCCAUCCACCGCGAAGCAUAUGCGCCAUCUUCUUCCGGAUGCGGGCGAGGGGGAGUAUCAGAUCGAGGACCAGGGCGACAAUACUGUGCUGCUGUACAAACUCCAAGAGGGCACCGUGAUGGACGAAUGCAUAGACAGACUUGUGCGCGACUUGCCAGAUGUUUUGAGCUACGAGAAUGCGGCUGCAUUUACGCCUUCGACCAUUGAAGUACCCAAGGACUUUGGCCUCCAGCUUAGCAUCUCCAUCAACCACCAUCUGGCUCAGGUUGCAGAUCGAAAGGUUCUGGAGAAGUACAGGCGCCUCCUUGGCCAUCGGAAGGACUCUACGAAGCGAAAGUCGGUCAGGCUCGGUUUCGAUGCGGUUGAGCUAAUCCAGAACCAAGCCAUCAAGUUUCCGGAGAAUGCGCCAGUCAAAGAAUCUACACUUGACAACGAGAUACACCCCAUCUUUCGUUUAGAAAACUUCCAUGGCUGCUCGGAUGCAAUUUACGAGGAGUUGAAACCAGCUCUUCGGCUAGCUUCCCUGUUCCUCUUCUCGCGGGGAACCUUCACCUUCUGGCACACGCUUGUGUUUGGCGACAGGAAGCAAUGCAAGGAGACUUCGGAACUGUAUGGCCAGCCUUGUGCUCGCAUCGUCGAAGAUGUAGCAUGGUCAGAAGAGAACGCUGGAGCGUUCAGAGACUUCAUGGAUAAACAGGUGGAUACUGUCCACUUCAUGUUCCAUCGGGAGCCGCUGCCGCCUGACCCGGCGUAUGCGUCAAUGGGGCUGGUUGCCGAUUACAAGAAUGGGAUCAUGCGGAAGCUGAACGGAAAGUGCCACACCAGCCGGAUAUGCUUGCACUCGGACUUCUACACCACGGCGAAGAAGCUCAGUCUAUUGCAGUAUCCCGAGCCGGCGAUGGUAUUACGCUUCAAUUUGUUUCUCGCUGUUUGUCUCGCGCACGAGAUGGCCCAUUUCAUCGAAGUUUCCGGACCGCACCACGACCAUCCGCUCGGACAACCCGAGGUUUUCUUCAACGACAAUAAGUGGACUGAAUCUGGUAUCGCGUUCGAGCUAAAGGUGUUUGGCGGGAGGUUACACCCGAUCUCAUCACGUGUCGACUGUGGACUAGGUCUAGCUGUUCUAAACUAUCCACUCAGGGAGCUGUAUGAAAAAGAAGACAACGUCCUAUACACCCUGCCCAUGGACUACAUCACGAAGCUGCAGCAGAAGGAAACCUGGGACCGGGACUUCAGCGAGGCCGAUGCCGCCGUCUUCCACGUGCCGCGCACAGGCUGUCGCUCUAUCGAGAUCAACGGCAUCAACCUCAUGAUCUGGGAGGACGAGAAAGACGUUGAGAUCUCCGACGAUGUCGACCAGCUGGAUACCAUGUUCAAGCGCAAGGACGAUGGGAGCAUCAUCAAGAACCCAAACUCGAAUAACCGUACCCCGAAACGACAUGUUGAAGGCCGCCGCUGGAGCCCGUACGGCCACAAACGUAAAGGCACUGCGGAGGCCGUGGAGUGCGUGUCGAAUGAGGUCUCACUCGCGGUGGGAGAGGACCAGGAAGCUAAGGCGAACGAAAGCAAUGAGAGCGAGGAGGGGACGGCGGCUGAGGCCAGUAACUCGGACGACGACAUGGCAUAAGGGACGAGAAGCACGGGAAUCCCAUUUGGCGUCUUUGGAGCAUGUCAGUGUUGUAUUAGCAUAGCGGCAUUUGUGAGCGAAACAUCAUAUUGAUUUGGUGUAAUAG